AUGGAAGAAGAUGCAGGACCUUCGACCAGUCAAGAACUUUCGGAUAUCGAAGAAAGAUCAUUUUUGAACGAAAAUUUCAAAGGAGAGUUUACGAACGCCCUUCUUAUUGCCAAAUCUAUUUACGAAGAACGAAAUUUGUUAACAAAUAAGCCUCCUGAAAAAAUCAGUUCCGUUUCUUUGGCUAUGGCAGAAGAAAUAAGUAAGGCAACAAUAAAUGUGUUAAAUGAGCACAUUGUUAUUGUAGACGAAGAAUUAAUUUUGUUCGAUGAAAGUGAUGACGAAGGAAAUUUUAAGGAGAAAGAAAAAGUUGUAGCUCUUGCUCAAGCACAUCCGAAAUGGAAUUUGGCCACUUUAAAGAAACAGGGCGCCAAUCGUUUGAAACACAAAGACUAUCUUCAGCGAUGGAAAGAAGAUAUUAAAAAAGGUGGAACGCGAUUAGAUAAAUGGGAAAAAAUCAAUUCUGAAACUUUCGAACGUUUUAAUGAAGCAAGAUGCCGUUUGGAACAGGUUACUACAAGAACGUUACAGCAAUGGGCGAUGGCAACAGCUUUCCCUUUUCUUUCGGAAGACUUUAAGUUUCAAGCCAGUUCUACAUGGGUAACAGUCUUCAAGCGAAAGCAUAAAAUAAAACAACGAAAAAUAACAAAAUUUGUAAGCAAACGAGACAUCGCUACUUUGGAGGAAACUGUACAGGCUGCAGAAAAAUUUCAGAGACAAACAAAGUGUCUGAUUUCUAAAUUUGAUUUGGAUUUUGUAAUUAAUACAGACCAAACAGGUUGUCAAUACGAGAUGACUUACAAUAGGUCAUUGGAUUUUAAUAGAGUUAAAACGGUAUUUGUGCAGAAACAAAGUUUAAAUAAAUUAACUCAUUCGUAUACAGCACAAUAUUCUGUAACCGCGUCAGGCAAGUUGCUUCCACUAGUCUUUCUGUGCUUGCAAGAACCCACGAAUAAAUUUGGUCCAACAGUUUCCAAAAAAUCCAAAAAUUAA